AUGGAUUACGACCUUUUUGCUCAACGUCUGCAGGAAAUCGCCCGCACAGACCCUUCAAUAGCGGCCAACAACACUACCAACGACGCCAGCAACAACAACGGCGACGAGACGACGAUGCCUGACCAGGUUAUCGCGACUGACAACCAAUCACCAGCUGCGGGGCCAUCGACGUCGACGGCUGUCCAAGACGUCGUCAUGGACGACGUCAAUAACUCAUCGCAAGACGAAGACGAAGAAAUGCCUGCGUUACAGUCCAUCUCCGACUCUGAUUCAGACGUAGAAAACGAUGUCCGCGAAGUCGAGAUGCACACCCUUGUCGACGACCCACCCCUUCCUGAGAUCACCCCAGCUGGCUCUGUACCUGCACCAACGCCCACAACAUCCGUUCCACGUCCUAACCGGCGAGCACGAGUUGAGGAUGACGAGGACGAUGAACGAGAUCGACGGCAUCCUUCUGAACGGAUAAGCACACCUUUGGCCAGCAACGGCCAAAGCACCGCUUCAUCAUCAUCAGCAGUUUCUCGAAACUCGUCGACCCCGCCAUCCAACGCUAAUCCUCGUCCUCAGACCCAUACCCACCCUCUGCCGUUCCCAUUCAACCUCUUCACACCACCGCCGCCGCCGCCGUCACAACCACGCACCCAGCCAACACCCGCUGCCGAGGCAACAGAAGCACCCCGUCCACCACCUGCACAGCCCCAAUUACCGCCAUUCUUGUCUGGAGGUAUCGCCAUCUCUAUCGACAUCGGUGGAGACCAACCGCCAGUCUUCAACGCCACCCCUUUCAACCCAGGCGGCAACCCCGACACUGGUGCAGAUGGUCCUCAGAACUUUGCCGACUUCUUCACCAACCCUGGCUUCCUCAACGAUCUAUUUGGCAUCGAGCCUGAUGUCGAUGAUCCAGAACGGGCAGAACGGCUUAUCAACGGCCUCGAGGAGGUUCCUAUCGGAUUGGUCAAGCGCCUAGAGCGAGUCGGCGGAAUGACAGGGGCGAAUGGUACUGAGCUCAGCGGCGGUGAUAGUGGAUGUGCUGUGUGCUGGGAGAAGCUUCUGGACCCCGAACUAUUGGAAGCUUACGAGAAGCAACUCCAGAAUGGGGAGAAGGACAAUAAGGUUGAGCUUCCAAAGAUUGUUUCCUUGCCAUGUGCCCAUGUUUUCCACGCCGAGUGUCUUCGCCCUUGGUUUUCGAGGCCGAAGCAGACGACCUGUCCUACUUGUCGAUUCAAUAUCGACCCUGAAAACUUGACCUUUGUUCCUUAUAGGCAGCGUCGUAGGGCACAGCAAGAGCGAGCGCAGAGAGAAGCUCAGGCAUCGGCCACCAACUCCACUCCAGCUCCAGCGUCUACUACUUCCUCAGGGGCGGCCGGGCCAUCCGCCACACCUGCACCCUCCGCGUCAACUUCGACGAGCGAAGCCUCUCAAGAAGCCCGGGGUCGUAUGGGUCCUCCUCCCGUCCCCAACACCAACACCAACCCUCAACCUUCUCGUCGACCAAGCUCGGAGCCCCCUACCAACCGCCGACCUCGUCCAGCUACCGGCUUCGGCCCCGAGGUGGUCCAAUCCUUCGCUGUCCCUGGUGGGCACGUCGUGAUUGUCAAUCACCCUAUUGGUAUUAUCACAGAUGCACAAGGGCGUCCCACAGGUGGUGAGUUGUACCUUCAGCGCCCGUAUUUCGUUACGAGGAGUCCUGCUAUCAUCAUCAAUUUUGGAAACGCUGAUCAAGGCCGUCAUGUAGGCUCGGGUCAGCGAACGCAGGCGAACACUGGUGCUAACGGGCAAGAGGGUGCGACUUCACCACCUGCGGCGGCGGCAGCAGGUUCAUCUGCCAAUGCCGGUACGAGCGAUGCUUCGGCGUCGACCGCGACACCUCAGCCUGCCUCUCCACCCGUGUUCGGACCUCCUCCCCCUCCUUCCACUACUACCCCUCCCAAUGCGACUCGAAGAACGACCAUGCCUGGUGGUGGUAAUCUUCCACCUGGUGUUGUCGCAUUUGAUCUCCAUCUUCCGUUCCCUCUCCCCUUCAUGCAGCCUCCCCAGCAACCCGCUAACAACAAUAACGCUGCCAACACCACCAGCAACGCCGCCAACCCCUCACCCCCACUCCAUCCGCUGCUCCCGCUACCCCUCCCCAACAGGAAGCUCGAGGCGGACAGCCUGCUCCCCCGCCUCUCCGGCUCCCCCGCAUGGGAUUCGCCGGGGUCAACUUUGCCAAUCGUCAGCCUGCUCAACCUAUGA